AAUGGAUGGUGCCAAAGGCGCUUGGACGCCCUUUUGAACUAAUCGGUCGACCUCGUGGACAACUUUUGAUCGAUGGCUGGCUUGUGGUUUGUAUCACAGGGGUGGUUUCAAUUUAUUUAUCAGUAGCCUUCAGGUACCAGGUAGAUCGUUGAUUCGAACUCUUCGACCACCAAGCCCGGCUCGAUCCCAGCCGGGUUUUGUGAUCCCUCCGAAAGACUCACGUACUUCUAUAGCUGUAACACCAACUGCUGAAGAUGGAACUAGUUCUCUCUCCCAACGAGCUGCUUCACCACGACCCCCGGAUCCGACUAACAAACAAAACGGAGUCGCUCCAAAGGCCCAGACCACUUCAAAAGGAAAGACUCGUUCGUCAAUCAGCAAACGUGCCCAAUCACCUUCAGGCAGCCCAUUGAAAGGUACCUCCCCUUCAAUCAAGAGAAACAAAACGAAUGACUUUGAGGUUCCUAAGGAUUGUGACUUGUCUCAAGAGUCGGAUGUUGAGAUCAUUGGGUCGAACAACCAGAUCGGCUAUAAUCAGGCAAGAUCCCUCAAUGUGAAGGAUCUUCUCAAGUACUUCUACCCGCCAAAUGGUCUCUCGUACAAGUGUCGCUGGUGUCUUGGUACAUAUAGUAGGGGGAAAAAUUCCUAUUACGGCUUAUGGGGUCACCGCGACGGCAAGCCGAAUCGACCAGUUUGCACAAUGCGUCACAAGGCAAUCAAGUCUGGAGUUGUCCUUCC